GAGCUUAACGACCUGGCUCGUGACCCUCCAGCACAGUGCUCAGCUGGCCCAGUGGGUGAUGAUAUGUUUCACUGGCAAGCCACAAUCAUGGGGCCUAGUGACAGUCCAUAUCAGGGAGGUGUUUUCUUCUUGACGAUUCAUUUUCCAACAGACUACCCCUUCAAACCCCCCAAGGUUGCGUUUACGACAAGAAUUUACCACCCAAAUAUUAACAGUAACGGCAGUAUCUGUCUGGAUAUUCUCAGAUCACAAUGGUCUCCUGCGCUUACUAUUUCUAAAGUUCUUCUCUCCAUUUGCUCACUCCUAUGUGACCCAAACCCCGAUGACCCGCUAGUGCCAGAGAUCGCACGAAUCUACAAAACAGAUAGUCAGAAGUACAAUAAACUAGCACAGGAGUGGACAGUCAAGUAUGCCAUGCUUUAGGGUAAGGCCAAGAGCCAUCACUGCAUCUUGGCUAGUGCUAAGUGAUCGGAUAUGUUGUGAUGCUCUGCUCAAUACAUAACUAGAGGCUUGGAUCUGUUCUAAAGAGUGUGACUAAAAUGAGCUGCUUGUACUAAUCUUUGUCUCUACGAGCCAAAUAACUUAUUGACCCUGCACUGCUCUCAGGGUGUGGGUUUGGAUUUUUAUGUGCACCUUGAUUUCCUGUAGUUGCACUCUCCUGCUGGAAAUAAACAAGUUAACUGAAAAUUUUUGCCUGUGGAUAUAAUGGACACUUGAGUAUUGUGGUGUACCGCUAACACAGGGCAGAG